AUCAAAACUAUUUCAAAAGAGGAACAUGCACAAGUCUAUGAAGAUAACCCUAUGGAGUACCCUAGUUUUCAUAUCUACGAGACAGAGCGGGUCAUGAGAUAUAUAGAGAGAGAAAAAAAAAAUUAUAUAUAUAUAUAUAUAGAGAGAGAGAGAGAGAGGAGUUGUGAUAGCUAUCACUCCGCUGAACAGACAGAAAGCAAACCCGAGCUGUUUUCAUUUGUUUUGUAAUUCAUUUUUUCCAUAAAGUGAUGCCUGGAGAAUCUCUUGGAGAUCUUUCACAGUGAGGAGAGAGAGAAGAUACACAUGUUUGGCCUUAAAUAUAUAUAUGUAUUAUUACUGUGUACAAAUGAGACCCACCUCAUAUAUAUUUCUCACAACCCAACAAACAAACAAGCAUAUUGGUAUAUGUAUAUGUAUACGAUCACAAAUAUUUUCUCUCUCUCAAACACACUCACAUGGCCAGCUUUGUUAGAGUGAAGGAAGCUGUUGUGGUCACUCCUUCAGACACAACCCCAUCUCGUCUUCUCUCACUCUCGGCUUUAGAUUCUCAGCUUUUUCUACGCUUCACCAUAGAGUACUUGUUGGUCUACAAGCCAUUCCAUCAUGGUUCGGACAGGGGUUCGACCACGGCUCGAUUAAAGUCUGCACUGGGCCGAGCUCUGGUUCCUUAUUACCCGCUUGCCGGCCGAGUCAGGGCUCGCCCAGAUGGUUCGGGGCUCGAGGUGGUGUGUCGAGCCCAGGGUGCGGUUUUCAUCGAAGCGGUCUCCGAUUUCACCGUGUCCGACUUUGAGCGGGCCCCACAGUUCGUGACCCAGUGGCGGAAGCUGCUGUCGUUACACGUGGCGGAUGUGCUGAAGGGCGCCCCACCAGUUGUUGUACAGCUGACGUGGCUAGCGGACGGUGCUGCCACGUUGGGUGUUGGGUUUAAUCACUGUGUCAUCGACGGUGUUGGGAGUGGUGAGUUUCUCAACUUGUUUGCUGAGUUAGCCACUGGUCGGACGAAACUCACCGAGUUUAAACCCAAACCCGUUUGGGACCGUCACCUUCUAAACCCGAACCCAUCGAGUCCGGGUCAGAACAACUCAACAACUCAUCCCGAGUUCAACCGAGUCCCCGAUCUCUGCAGUUUUGUCUCCCGCUUCUCUCAACAGAGACUCAGUCCCACGUCGGUCACAUUCGAUAAAACAUCUCUACAAGAGCUAAAGAAGCUCGCUAUAUCCACGAGUCGACUCAGCGAGUUAUCCUACACGUCAUUUGAAGUACUCAGUGCCCAUAUAUGGAGAAGCUGGGCAAGAGCAUUAAACAUGCCGGGCAAUCAAAUACUAAAACUCCUCUUCAGCGUGAAUAUCAGAGACCGAGUCAAGCCGAGUCUACCCACUGGGUACUACGGCAACGGGUUUGUACUGGGUUGUGCCCAAACGAGUGCCAAAGACUUGGCAGAAAAGGGUGUAGGAUAUGCGUCGGGAUUGAUCAAGAGAGCUAAAGAGAGAGUGGGAGAGGAGUACGUUAGAGAGGUGGUGGAAUCGGUGAGUGGGAAUCGGGCGAGUCCGGACUCGGUGGGUGUGCUGAUCGUGUCGCAGUGGUCAAGGCUGGGGCUGGAAAGGGUUGACUUUGGAAUGGGGAGGCCAGUGGAGGUGGGUCCCAUUUGUAGCGAUAGGUACUGUCUGAUGCUCCCAGUCUAUGAUCAGAGGGACAGCGUGAAGGUGAUGGUGGCGGUCCCCAUCAACGCCGUUGACAAAUACGAAUUUUUGCUGAGGAGUCCCCACUUCUGACGAUCAUGUAUUCCUUUCCUUGUUGACUUUGUAUCAUCACUUUGACUUUUCUUUUUCUUUUUAAAAUCUUUUUAUAUCCUCCGAUUGAUUCUUAGCAAAAUUCCUAUCCACGAACAUUUUUCUGAGCAAUGUAGUCGUCACACCCGAUUUUUGCU